UCACUUCCAGCACAUUCCCGCAGGCUAGAAAAAGAGGUUGUCGCAGAGGGGGAUAAUAGAGUGGGGUGAUUGGUUUGGAGUGGGGACCAAGUCCGGAGCAUGUCCGACCACAACUCAUACAGUCUCUGGAAGAGGUCAGAGGUGACAUUGUGGUGAGUGUGUUUGAGGGGGGCAUCAGGGACAGUGAGUUGCUGAGGACAGCGUGUAAGGGAGCAUCGCAGGUCUACCACACUGCGUCCCUCAUAGAUGUCAUCGAGAAGGUGGACUACAGCAAGAUCCACGGAGUCAACGUCAAAGGAACCCAGGUCCUUCUGUAGACGUACAUCCAGGAAAACGUGGCGUCCUUCAUCUACACCAGCAGCAUUGAGGUGGCCGGCCCCAAUGCCAACGGAGACCCCAUCAUCAGCGUUGAUGAGAACACCCCCUACACGUGCUCCAUAAAGUUCCCCCUACUGCAGGACCAAAAAGAAAGCUGAGUGGGUCACACUACAAGCCCAGGGCGAGGGGCUCCACCUGCACCCUCAGACCAAUGUACAUCUACGGAGAGUGCUGACGAUUCCUGCUGGACCACAUGAGCGACGGGAUUCCGAACAGGGACGUAUUGUACCGUACCUCCCACCCGGAGGCACAGGUGAACCAUGUGUACGUGGGGAACGCAGCACUGGCCCACCUCCAGGCCGCCCGCGCCCGCCCUGCGAGACCCCCAGCGGAGGGGCUCCAUCGGAGGGAACUUCUACUACAUCUCAGACGACACGCCGCCCAUCAGCUAUUUUGACUUUAACCGUGUUGUAUUGUCGCCGUUGGGCUUCAGGUACCCGCCCAUAAACCGGCAGCUCCUCAACAUGCUGAACAUGCCCUUUAGCUUCACCUAUCGGAGGUCUCAGAGGGACAUGGGGUACGUCCCCCGGUAUAGCUGGGAGGAGGUACGCAAGUGGACCAUGGAUUGGUUGGCAUCCCAGUUACCCAAAGAAGAAAGUGAAUAAAGGCUAAAUAACUGCCCAAGGCCCUGCCUGUAAGACUGUUCCUAUAGCUGACCAUCCCCUGGUCCAUGCUUAUAAUCAUUAUUACAGUGGUCUGUAAAUGUGUAUGUUAAAGUUGUGUGACAGAUUACAUUUGCAGGUCCAUCUCUAUGUUCACAUGGACUAGUAUAACGGUAGAAUUGGUCAUCCAUUGCUGAAAUGUAGCUUAUCACCAUGUAACACAGUGAGUGUCACCCCCAGAUGGCCAGAGUCCAGCAUGAAAACAAACAGGCAUUGAUCAUCGGUGAGGUCAUGGAUCCUCGUCCAGUGCCCCCCCCCCCAACCCCAUACAGACUAAGCACUUGACCAAGCACUGGGUCCUAAGCAAAACACCGACCAACGACUGGAGCAGGAGGGGUACAUGGGUAUGUGGAGAAUGGGCUGGAAACUGAAAACAGCGGAAACUUUUCUCAGUAUUUUAGCAUUCUACAUCACGUCCACAGUAGCAGGGGAGGAUGAGGAGUCCAGAUCAGAAUGUGCUGACUUCAACAACACGACCUGGCUGGAGUACCGUCAGCCGGGCAGCAAGCUACAGGUGCAAUACCUACUCCUGACACGCAAGAAUACAGACUGUGCCAGCCUCUUCAGUCAGGAGUCCCUCAGCAACAACGCCUCCUACUUCAACUCCUCCCUACCCACCAAGAUCAUUGUCCAUGGAUACAGGGCUCUGGGCAGUAAGCCGUCCUGGGUGAAACAGCUGGCCCAGGCUCUGCUGCGGGCGCAGGAUGCCAAUGUGGUGGUGGUGGACUGGGUCUAUGGGGCCUCCUUCGCCUACAACCUGGUGGUGGAGAACUACAAGGAGGUGGCCGUCCAGAUAUCUGUCCUCAUCAACCAGCUCCAGAACCAUGGAUGCAAACUGGAGUCAUUUCACUUCAUUGGGGUUAGCCUUGGGGCACACGUGUCUGGAUUCGUGGGGACCCUGUUCAAGGGGGAGAUAGGGAGAAUCACAGGUCUGGACCCAGCUGGACCCAUGUUUAAGGGAGCCGACACGUUUGACCGUCUUGACCCCUCAGAUGCACUGUUUGUGGAGGCCAUCCACACAGACUCUGACUACUUCGGUAUCUCCAUCCCUGUUGGCCAUGCUGACUUCUUCCUGAAUGGCGGGAUGGACCAGGCAGGUUGUGCACGCUCAAGGUUUGAGUCAAUUCUUGUCUACUUUCCAGUGUAUGGCUAUGUGAUCUGUGACCACAUGAGGGCGCUCCACGUCUACAUAAGCGCACUGAACGGGACCUGCCCACUGACUGGCAUCCCUUGUUCCAGCUAUGAGGAAUUCCUCAAGGGGCGCUGUUUAGGCUGCCAAGGUGUCUUCAAUGGCACAUGUCCACAAAUAGGGUUAUUGGAGAACAGCGGUAUAACAGCCUCUCCUCUUCCUCAACAAGAGAAGCUUUUCCUCCUGACAACCUCUGCACCUCCUUUCUGUGCCCAUCACAUCCUGGUGCAGCUGGAGGUAUCCCCCCUGGACAAGACUGCUGAGGUGCAGGUGACCCUAAGAACCAGGGGACUUCCUGAAACAGAGCACAGACUCAGGCUAGAGACAGACGGUACAGUUUACAGGAGGGUGAUAGCCCACCUGGUGCCACUGUGUGAGAUAGACUCCAUUCAGCUGAAGAACACUGGAGCACGCUUCUACAGACAGGGAGACAUCCACUUUGUGUCUGUCUGUAUAUCAGAGUUCCCCUCUGUCGGAGAAGUGGGGUCGUUGUGUGUGAAGAAGAUUGACAUUAGACGAGGAUCUCCGUGGAACCAUGAUUUUGUGCAGCUGUGUGGGAAUGACUGAGAACCCUUAUGUCCUGAACACACACAACCUAUGCACCAACAUGUGUUUCUUUCACUGUGUCAACAUCCCAAUAGUUCUGAAUUGGCAUCCUCUCUUCGUCUCCUUUCCUUUGUCAUCAAUGAUGUGGAAUGCUUUGAUAGGUCUAAGCAGUAAGGAGGAAGCCUAUCCUGUCCUUAUCAUUAGGCAUGAAGGAAAGGAAAUUAGGAGAGUUUUACUGGGACGCAGCCUGUUUCCAGCUCACACAGAAACACACACACAUGCAGCCAAUAGCUCCUGUUGGAAAUAUACAUACAAACACACUCACACACUCAUAUGUUACUGAUGGACCACCUACAGCUAGACUAUGCUACAAUUUUCUUAUUGUUACAUUUCUUCUGUAUUUUCUAAUAGCAUUAGUAUUGCUGUACAUAAUCAUUCCGAUGCAGCUGAAUGUUACUUUCUUAAUAAGAGCUUCUGUUGAAGCAAAACAGUUCUCAGAAGCAGAGGUGAGCAAUGUGUUCAAAUUGUGAUGAGUUUGAAUACCUCGUCAUGAUAAACUUGAAGACUCAAUCUUAUUCUGACUGAGGAUGGAGGAGAGAGGAGACAUAGAUGAAAAAAUGACAGUCAAUGCAUUUUCACCAAGAACUUUAUGGAGAAAGAUUGGCCCCAUGAAAAUACAUGUUUAUCACAUUAUGUAUAUGUAGGCCCACAUUUUGGGGGGGAAACAACAAAAACAAAAUACUCCUGUUCUAUGUUUUCUGACUAAAUGUACAAUGUGUGAGACAUCUCACGUUUACAAGCAUGUAGACAAAAUGCAGAAGUGUGUGUCUGCCUGUUAAAUUUGGAAUCAUGAUUUGAAAAUAUGUAUGUAUGAAGAGAAAACCCUUUUAGCAUGCUCUCAGUCAAACAUUAUUCUCUCAGAUUAUGUCUGCACAAACAAACAAGAUUAACAUGCCCCUAGCUAGCCAACCCAACCCCGGCUGUUAAAAAAUCUAAUGCACAUGAUUAGUUUAAUGUGGAAUCAUAAUAGCAUAAUCCUAUCUCCACUUCAAACGGCUUUCCAUCCAGAUGAAUGGGAGAUGUGUGGCAUAAUAAAAAGAGAAUACCAUUCUUUUCUGUGACAUUAACUAAUAAAUUCAGUUUAUAACAUAAU